GUGAAGGGAGAGGCGAGAGGUUUAGUGUGUGGAGCUGCUCGCGCAGCGCCCGGGCUGUCAGUCCCGGCUGGGGCCGCCUCGAGACCUUCCAGGAGACGCGCACCCCCGCACCCCGCGCCCCGCACACCGUCGCUCGACCACACACACGCACACGCUCAGCCUGGCCGCGCCGGAGCCACUGAGCAGCCGGAGAGCACCGGGACCGGCUGCGGGCGGAGGACUGAGCCGCGUUCCCACUGGGGCUUUGGCCGGGGAGACCGCAGCGAGCCUCCGGGGUGGGCUCGGACACCUCAAGGAACGCCGGCGGGGGUCGGGCCACCGGGCUGGCUGAGCCGAGCCCUGCGACCCGCGGGGGCCUCGGCAGGGAGUGCAAUAAAGAGCAGCGGCCGCAGCGAGCAGGACUGGAACUCCCCUGGUUCCAGCGCCGCCGUGACACACGGGUGGAAAUCCUGAUGGAGGGAUCGCUGACUUCCUUUGCUUGGGAAAAUCGUCAGGAGCAACUCCGAUUUGGCUCCUCGGAGCAGCGGAGGGGGGUCCAUGACGUGGCAGUGGGAAAAUAGACAACCGAAACCUCCCGCGUGAACUGCAAACUAUAGCCCAGGGAGGGGGAAGGACUGCUCUCUUCAUUUUAAUUUCACGCAAGAGGUUCUGGGCGGUAAACUUAUUUCCAUGUCUGUACCCACUUCAGCGGAACCCAGAGGGUCCUAUGUUGGGGACACCAUCAUCAUUCCGAAGAGCCCCAGCCAGCGGCCUGCUUUCCUGCUCCCACACACCCGGGACCGGAUCCCUGUUUGGGGUACUCCAUCUAUCCUGUAGAACUGUGGUCAGGUGUCUGUGAAUACUGGGCCAAUUUCUGAAACCUAACUCUUACAACCUACCUGCGAUCUGGAAUUUAGCCCAAUACAUCUGAAGCAAUGGCAUAUUGAGUCGUUUUUAGGAUACCUUGGUUUUCUUUUAAAUUCCUGUAAAACGGGAUCUGAUAGGCUGACCAACAUGACAGGUAAGAACUUUCUGUCUCUCUAGUCCUGUCACAGAGAAGGCCAAGGCUGAGCUGGACCCAGCAAGAAGGAGAAUCCAGGGACCCGUGUGCCCUUCGAGCUAGUCCACCGAGGGCUGCUUUCGCUAGAGGCGCAGGGCUGGCUCCUGGACCAUCCACUGGGGAAGCUUCUGGGGCGCGCGCCAGGAGACUGCCUUGUGCUCCACCUGCCCUGCCCUGGACACAGCCCUGGGGCGAGACAUCGAGAGACCACCUCAAGUUAAUAUUGGGAUUUUUAAUAAACCGAGAAAUGGGAUUUUAAUUAUUCAGAAACCCAGCUCCUCUGGGCCAGCUGCUGUUGGGAUGGUGCUGGUCACACAGCAUUAAACGGACCGACCGUUAAGAGCACGAGAAAAGCGCCCGAGACAGCCUUUGCAAUUACGAAGGAACCAGACUUGGUAGCACAGGGCAUUGAUUGCUGGUGCCCAUCCGGACCCUCCUCCUCUCUCCCUGGUCCUCCCCCCACCCCAACGGAGGCAGGCUCCCGAGGCUCGGCCAGGACCUCGCGUCCUUGCAUCGUGGCCCGGGCUGCAUAUUUCAUGAGCCCGGGGUGAACAGGUGCGAAGUGCGCUGGGAGCAUCCGGCCCACGGCAGCGCGGGGGGGAACAUGGAGAGCGAGCGCGACAUGUACCGCCAGUUCCAGGACUGGUGCCUUAGGACUUACGGGGACUCAGGCAAGACCAAAACGGUGACCCGUAAGAAAUACGAGCGGAUCGUCCAGCUCCUCAACGGCUCCGAGUCAAGCUCUACCGACAAUGCCAAAUUUAAAUUCUGGGUCAAAUCGAAGGGUUUCCAGCUGGGCCAGCCGGAUGAGGUCCGCGGGGGAGGCGGCGGCGCCAAGCAAGUGCUCUUCGUGCGGGUCAAGACCACGGAUGGCGUCGGAGUUGAUGAGAAGCUGUCUUUAAGGCGAGUGGCUGUGGUUGAAGAUUUCUUUGACAUCAUCUAUUCCAUGCACGUGGAAACAGGGCCGAAUGGAGAACAAAUUCGGAAACACGCUGGACAGAAGAGAACUUACAAAGCAAUUUCAGAGAGUUACGCCUUCCUACCAAGAGAAGCGGUGACACGGUUUCUAAUGAGCUGCUCCGAGUGUCAGAAAAGAAUGCACUUGAACCCAGAUGGAACCGAUCACAAAGAUAAUGGAAAGCCUCCUACACUGGUGACCAGCAUGAUUGACUACAACAUGCCAAUCACCAUGGCGUACAUGAAGCACAUGAAACUGCAGCUGCUAAACUCACAGCAAGAUGAGGAUGAAAGUUCUAUAGAAAGUGAUGAAUUUGAUAUGAGUGAUUCAACACGGAUGUCAGCUGUGAACUCUGACCUUAGUUCGAAUCUGGAAGAAAGAAUGCAAAGUCCCCAGACUCUCCAUGGCCAGCAAGACGAUGACUCUGCUGCAGAGAGCUUUAAUGGCAAUGAGACUCUGGGGCACAGCUCAGUCGCUUCAGGGGGAGCUCAUGGCAGGGAGCCUGGGGACUCCAGCAGUGAUGGCAAAACUGGGCUGGAGCAGGAAGAACAGCCACUGAAUCUGAGCGACAGCCCCCUCUCUGCGCAGCUGACUUCAGAAUACAGGAUAGAUGAGCAAGGCAGUAAUGGGAAAAGCAAGUUUAAGAACCUUCUAAUCUCUGACCUCAAGAUGGAAGGAGAAGCAAGAGAAAACGGAAGCAAGUCCCCAGCACACAGCUACUCCAGCUAUGAUUCUGGCAAGAAUGAAAGUGUUGACCGGGGUGCAGAAGAUCUGUCACUCAACAGGGGAGAUGAGGAUGAAGAUGACCAUGAUGAACAUGAGGAUUCUGAGAAGGUGAACGAGACAGAUGGCGUGGAAGCUGAGAGGCUGAAAGCUUUCAAUAUGUUUGUCAGGCUGUUUGUAGAUGAAAACUUGGACCGAAUGGUCCCAAUCUCUAAGCAGCCCAAAGAAAAGAUCCAGGCUAUCAUUGACUCAUGCAGGCGACAAUUCCCUGAGUAUCAAGAGCGUGCCAGGAAACGUAUCCGUACUUACCUCAAGUCCUGCAGGCGGAUGAAAAGAAGUGGUUUUGAGAUGUCUCGACCUAUUCCUUCCCACCUUACUUCAGCAGUUGCAGAGAGUAUCUUGGCUUCAGCCUGUGAAAGCGAGAGUAGGAACGCUGCCAAGAGGAUGCGUCUGGAUAAACCCCAGGACGAAAUGACUCCUGCUGACAAACAGUGCAAGCCCGAGGCAGCCCAGGCCACCUACUCAACAUCUACUGUUCCAGGCUCACAGGAGGUAUUGUACAUCAAUGGCAAUGGGACCUACAGUUACCAUAGUUACCGAGGGCUAGGAGGAGGACUGCUAAACCUGAAUGACACAUCUAGUAGUGGACCCACAGAUCUCAGCAUGAAGAGGCAGCUGGCAACUGGCUCAGGAUCCUCCAGCAGUUCAAACUCCAGACCUCAGCUGAGUCCAACAGAAAUCAACGCUGUGAGACAGCUUGUCGCAGGGUACCGAGAAUCGGCUGCAUUUUUAUUGCGUUCUGCAGAUGAACUGGAAAAUCUCAUUUUACAACAGAACUGAGGCAAACGAUGUCCAUAGUCACUGAGUUCUGAAUUCGCAGUUUCCACUAAUGACAGUUGAUUUCCCAGCAGAGAUACUCCUGGUCUUGCUGCACAGUCUUCUAAGAGAAAUACUUCCAUCAUGCCACGUCGUCCUUGAUCUAUACACUGGUGUGUUAAAGAACUUCAAAGGAACUCUGACCUUGAAGUACUUGAGAUGCUUAAAUGUGCCCAGCCUGUUGCUUUCUGUUUUAGUGUGUCAACAUAAAUAUCACAAGCAAUUUUUAAAAGGCUGCAUAUUCUUAAUUCAAGGAUAAAAAUGAAGAAGCUUGGGGUAUGUAAAAAAUAGCUCAAGAUCCAACUGAAAUAUUAGUGGAACUUUCUACUGACUCAUUGGACUGAAAGAUGAAGUAUCUGAAAAAAAAAAAAGCCAAAUUUCUUGUUGCUACAGGAUAUGACAACAAUGAAAAGGAUCUUGUAUUUUAAAAGAAAAAUGUAAUUUUUAUAAAAAGAAUACUUGUUUUUCAUUCGAAAUGGUCAUUUUUACUUUGGUAACUUUUUCAUAGGUCUUAAAAGAAAACUGUUUUUUGAGAAACUACUGUAAGUACCCUUUCCACAUCCCUUUUGCCUUCUCCUCUUUCCAAAUUCUUUCUACAAAAUAAUAACAAUAAUAAUAACACUCAAUGCUGGAAAACAAACAAACAAACAAACAAACCCUUUGCCUACUUCCUUUAAGCUGUCCCGUCAGGAACUACUUCCAAGAGAUGCCUGCAAUUCUGUACUUCUGUGAGUCUCAAAACACCCACGCCACACGGCAGCUUACCACAGCAGUUUUCAUGACCGAGGUUUCUAAACGUUAGAAAGAGAUGUGUUGAAACGCAGCACAUCGUGCUUGCCCUAAAGCUGCUUGCCACUGGAUGCGCUGCUGUCCCACAAGCGACCUUCCAGAGCAGCGACUGGAUGUAGAUGACUGAAUGUUAGGAGGUUGCAAGUGACAAUCUUAACCUUUGCACUCUCGUGUGUACUUUCCAUUUCUGUUGGAAAUUGUUUCCAGAAAAGGCUGUUAUAUCUCCUGAUACGAUUUGUAUCAUUUAGAUUUUUUUUUUUUUGCUAAAAUUGAGAACUCUCAGCAGAUAGAGCUGAACCUUAAAAUGAACUGCCCCCUCUGUCCCGCAAGCUCUGCCCUUCUUUUCUCCAUUUCUAGUGUUAGACACACACACAGAGUGGUGUUUUCUGUGCACUGAAGCAAGCCUAUUUUUAAAAUAUUUAAGAAGUACUUUUAGUUCAUGCUUGUACUAUUUUCCUUUCUGUUGUUUAGCUUUGGUUGAAUUACAGAUUCUUUGUGCAUUCUUGAAUUUGCCUUAUUUUAUGUAAAAUGUAUGUCAUUCGGUUUUUGACAAUGAGCUGAAGGCAUCAGUGGUGUUCCUUUCCUACUUGUUACAUAUAGUUUUCCAAGUACUGACUGUGAUUGUGACCAGGUAAUGUGCACUUUUUCUUGUAACUGUGGACAUUGCUAUGCUUUUUUUCUUCUAGUGUUUCUAGAAUUAUUGUUCCUUACAGUUACGUAAACAAAAAACAAAAAACAACAAAAAAAGAAAUUUUGUGAUACUGUUGGUGAAUAUAAUGUGAAAAUCUUAUUGAAAUAUGAGUAUUUUGGAAAUACAUAGAUGCACAAACACCUUUUAAAGGUGUGAAUUUAGAGUUUGCUUAUUUAAUGAAAAUUUUAAAAAAUGAGGGCUGGUAUAAUUUUCUCUGUUUUUGUUUGGUUUAAUAAACAGAUUUCUGUGUUAAA